GUGAGAGACUUGGUGGGUGAUGGCUGAAGAGGAAAGAAAGUCGGCUUCGCCUUUGGGAAAGGGGCAGACAGGGAACAGACAACAGGAAGAGAAGCAGUUGCCGCCACUACAGAGUCUCCUGGCUUGGACACAGCUCUCUUCCCAGCAUUGAUGGCAAAGCGACGUUGUGACAUUACCUUCUGCUAAAAGGACUCGUCUGCUCGUCUGCGUAGGCUUCUCCAUCAUGUCUGAUGACAGUUCACCAUCAGAGUCCUCAGGCUCGAGCCCUCCUGUGGCUCCUAAACAUCCCACGCUGGCAGCUUCCUUGGACGGAGAGGACAGCGAAGAACUGGACGAAGAGAGUUCACUGGAGGAAUCUGUGGGUAGUCUGGAGGAUGGUUCGGAGGGGUACGUGGAUAACGAAGAGUCUCUGGAGGAUGAGGAAUCUAUGGAUGAGGAUGAAUCUCUGGAGGAGGAGGAGUACCUGGAGGAGGAGGAGUAUCUGGAGGAGGAGGAUUAUCUGGAUGAGAAAACAUUUCUACAGAGAGAAGCGUAUCUGUUUAAAGAAGCAUUUGUAGAGGAGAAAACGUACUUAAAAGGAAAAGUGUUUCAGAAACGUAGGAAAAAGGAACUCAAGGCAGUUGGUGCAGCAGCAGGCCAGUCCAGUCUUAAAGCAAGGAGCCCAGCUCCCAGUAAGGUUCAAGACAUCAAUCUUCUACCUACCACUUCUUCCAUGUCUGACCAUAGCUUGAAGUUCGCCACAUCGUCUUACUACAGUUUGGCAGGAGCGGGUAUCUCUCUGAGAGACAACAGCAGUCAGACGGAAUGGCCCUACUAUAAGAGCAAGAUGGGAACACCUUUAAGAUCAAGAUCCAUCCUAGAUCAAGACUCCUCCUCUGUGCUAACACAUAAGAAAUCUGGUUUGGAAGCCUCGGAGACCUUCCCUCAAGGGUCCUUUUGGGACACUAUAAUGAAUGGGCCCUUCGACAGGCAAGAUGAGGAAAGCUUGGAUUCUCUUCCCAGCGCCUAUCAGUCUGUGUUCAGGGAGCUCCUCAGUGAGCUGGCGUCUCAGAAUGAGCUGGCGUCUCAGAAUGAGCUGGAAAAUGACAUGGAUAAGCCCCUGAGCAACCUGCUGGAAGGUGAAAACAGGAAGAAGCUGGGACUCUUGCUGAAGAAAAAUUUUGAAAAAUACAAAAAAAUAAUUAUGUGGAUUAAAGACUACCAUAAAGAUCAGAAGAUGCUCGAGGAGAGCACCACGACCAUCACGUACUUUAUAUCAACUCUGCAACAGCCCCAGAAGCCAGGGGCGGAAGAAAUCAGAAGGCGUGAUUCUUCUUUCAAGAAGAGGUUAAAGCUUGACGCAGAAUGGACACGGGCAAAGAUGCAGGUACACCAAGGUGAAGGAAAAUUAAUUACCUACCACAGUGGGAAGAUUUUCCAUAUUCUUUUUCCUAAUGGCACGGGCCAGAUAUACUACCCAUCAGGGAACCUGGCUCUGCUUAUUACCUGCAAAGAAGUCUCCAGGGUCACAUACAUUUUCCUGGAAGACUGUGAAGAAAUGAAGAUCCGAGGCUUUGUCAAUAACUCUGGCCAUGCCACCUUCUACAAUGAGGACGGAGAGAUCUGGUUGAGCCUCAGCAAACUCCUGGGCUACUAUUUCCCCAAAGGUCAGCAUCAGAAGGCAUGGAACUGGUGGAACCUGAGCUUCCACGUGCAUGCACCCCCUGUCAUGUGCAUCACGUUGAAACUCAACAAGUAUGUCCAUAUACAAAUAAGGAGUCAGGACAAGGUCAUCUUCUGCUUCUUUGCUCCCAAACAGAGGAGGAUUUGCAUAAACAUGGGCACCAGGUUCAAGUUUAUAAACCUGGAACUGCUUCAAGCCAUGAAGAACAAGGAGGUCCUGGAGACAGAGCCCGGCCCAACAUCGUGGAAGAUCCGGGCUCUUCUGGGAAAAAUAAGCAGGGGUCUGAAUUUCCUGAGCCUGUCUGACUUGGAAUACUUCACAGAGGACGUCCAGGUGGCACUCAGCAACCUCAGUGCAAGGAAAUCUCAAACCUGGUUUUAGGACAGCCACCAAGUUGUCUCAGGCCUCCACUGCAUGUCUUGGGAAAUGGAGACCUCAGGAGCUACAGGAGACCCACCAAAACCUGUUUACGUCUUUGCGAGGCAGCUUGUAGUUAUGGACCUGUACCAGCUCCUUUGUUUGUGGGGGGGGAUGUAAAAGAAGGGGGGGAGAUGGUAAACAGAAUCUGUGGUUGGGCACAGAGAAGACUGAGUGGUCAUCCCCGACCUAACCACUCAGAGACACAUCAUCUCAGUAAGUAACACUGGUCACCACCUGUCCCCUUGCUCCCGUCCCUGCUGUACAGGAAUUCUCCUAUGGCUGUCAGUACUUGCUUUCACUGAAGACAUAGUCCACUGAA